CACAGAUGAACGGGCCGGAGCCGGAACCGGGGCCCGGGCCCGGGCCCGUGUGGGAGCGGCCCUGGUCCUUGGAGGAGAUCCGCAAGAACAGCCAGAGCUGGUCCCUGGCUGCGGACGCGGGCCUUUUACAGUUUCUUCAGGAGUUCUCACAGCAGACCAUCUCUAGGACACAUGAAAUCAAGAAACAAGUGGAUGGAUUGAUUCAUGAAACAAAAGCUACAGAUUGUCGCCUUCACAAUGUCUUCAACGACUUCCUCAUGCUGUCUAAUACCCAGUUCAUUGAGAAUCGUGUAUAUGAUGAAGAAGUGGAGGAGCCGGUUCCCAAGGCUGAAGCUGAAAAAACUGAACAGGAGAAAACCCGGGAACAAAAAGAAGCAGAUCUGAUUCCCAAAGUCCAGGAAGCUGUCAACUAUGGGUUGCUGGUAUUGGACAGUGCGUUUGAACAACUUGAUAUAAAAGCUGGAAAUUCAGACUCUGAAGAAGAAGAAGCAAAUGAAAGAGUAGAACUUAUCCUUGAGCCAAAGGAUCUCUAUAUAGAUCGCCCCUUGCCCUACUUGAUUGGUUCCCAGUUGUUCAUGGAGCAGGAAGAUGUUGGUCUUGGAGAUCUUUCGAGUGAGGAAGGCUCUUUAAACAGUGAUCCAGAUAGUGUCUUGGAUAGUGAAGAGGAGAAAGAUGAAGAGGAAUCAGAUGAUGACUUCGGCAAUCAGAGUGAAAAUGACCAAAAACGGCACAUAACACUGAUAAGUGAUGAAGAAGAGGAGGAAGAUGGUUGUGAUCUCUUUGGUGAUUCUGAAAAGGAGGAGGAAGAGGGAGAAGAGUUCGAUGGAGAAAAUGCUAGACCCAAGAGAAAUCGACCUACUUCGUUUGCUGAUGAGCUGGCAGCAAGAAUCAAAGGAGAUGUGACAAGCCGAACGUAUGAGGGACAGACAAUUACAACUUCAGGGGAAGCAAAAACUAAGAGAACAACAAAAGAGAAGAAGGAUGUCAGGAAAGUUCCAUCUGAUGAUGAAGAAGACGACAUGUUCAAACCACCCAAAUUGACAGACGAAGACUUCUCACCAUUUGGCUCUCGAGGGGGCCUGUUUAGUGGAGGAAGGGGACUCUUUGAUGAUGAUGAUGAGAGUGACCUCUUUUCGGAAGCUCCUAAAGACAAUGAAAGUCAAGCCCCAGUUAACAAAGAGAUUUCAUCAUCCAAACCUGGGAAAAAGAUACCAGCAGGAGCUGUAUCAUUGUUCUUAGGGGAUCCUGAUGUGUUCAGUGUUUCUUCAGUGCAAUCACCAAAGGAGCCCCAGAAGCCUCCACAGGCAACACAAGGGAAAACGCCUCAGAGUCCUGCACCUGUCGGCCUCUUUGAUAAUGAUGAUGAUGACUUUUUUGUUGCGGCUAACAGCAAACCCUUACAUGCAGCCAAGCCAACUGUUGAUCUGUUUGAUGAGGAGGAAGAGGAAGAAGAUCUCUUCAAAAAGAAAGCAGCCCCUUGUUCCACUGAUUCUCUCAGUUCUGAAGCCAAGGAGGCAGCUGAGAAGGUUACGCCACCUUCCAGCAAAAAUCUCAAGGCCUUGUCAGAAGAAGUUUCCAAGAAACAAAAAGGUUUAUUCUCAGAUGAGGAGGACUCAGAGGACUUGUUUUCUUCUGCUCUGAAUGUGAAUAAGGCAAAAGCUGUAGCUCCUCAUUCCAGCAAACUCACCGCAAAGAAACCACUUUCUCUUUUUGAUGAUGAUGAUGAAGAGGAAAAUCUUUUUGGAGAAACACCUGCUAAGAAACAAUUUUCUUCAUCAUCUUUGCCUAAGCAAACUCAAGAAAAGCCAAUAUCUUCUGAGCCGCACAAAAAAACACCCACCUUACUAUUCAGCAGUGAUGAGGAGGACCAGUGGAGCAUGGGUGAUUCACAGACCAGUAAGGUGCCUGACAACAAUAUAAAGGAACUUAAGAAGCCUGGCCCAAUGCAGGAUCACGUGGAGAAAGAUGUGAAAAAGAUAAGUCUGUUUGAGGAAGAUGAUGAAGAGGAUUUAUUUGCUAUUGCUAAAGACAGCCAGAAAAAGGCUCCUCCUAAAGCUUCCCUCCUUUUCGAAGAAGAUGCUGAUAGUGGUGGGUCUCUAUUUGGCUCUCCUCCUCCAUCUGUUCUUCCUGCAAAAAUGGGAAAAGAGAAAAUCCCUCCAGCGAUGCCCUCGUUAUUUAGUGAUGAGGAAGAAGAAGCAGCAGCUCCAUUUGGAACUGCGAAACCAGUAGACAAGCAGGCUGAGUCGGCCUCUUCUGGGAGUACUCUUGUGGUCAAGCAGGAAGAAAAGCCUUCCAGUCCUGGUACCCAUUUCAAGACUACUCCUGGUGUCUUUCAGGAUGAAGAGCUCCUUUUCAGCCGUAAGCUCCAGCAGGACAACGAUGCUGACGUCGACCUCUUUGCCAAGUCAUCAGAACAGCGGGCUGGUCCCCCACCCAAAGAGGCUCUUUUUGGGGAUGAAGAAGAUGAUGAUGAUGAUUUCUUCACUUCUGUUCAACCACAGCCGCCGAAGGUAGCCCAAAAGAAAACAGUAGUGAAAAAAGAUAAUUUUGGUCCUCCUCUUGAAAGCCAUAAAUUUCCCGAAUCAUCUCCAAGUAUCAAACACGAAACAGACAUGUGGAAAUCGGAAACAGCCCAGGACUCUGCAGGCCUCCCUCCACAUAAAACCAAAGAGCCUUCCUCUCGGAUCGGGAAACUACAAGCAGACUUGGCUAUUAAUCCAGCUACCUUGCUGCCCGGGACAGCUCCCAAAAUCUCCGGGAUGAAGACUGCUGCGCCAGGGUUUGCCUUUACGGCAUCUGAGCCCGAUGGAGUCAGGGGUGUGGAGACGGCCUCUGCUGGUGAGACAGGUGUGAGCUUUGAGGACCCAGCCCGAGCAGAUACCUUACGUAGUGUAAACAAGAACCGAAUCAAAAUGAAAGGCAAAAGAAGGCCUCAAACCAGAGCUGCCCGGAGGCUGGCUGCCCAGGAAUCCAGCGAGGCUGAGGAUAUAAAUGAUGCUGAAGGACCUCAGUUGGGCAGAGAGCAUGUUAUCUCCCCACCUGUCAAACAGCAACAUACCAGAGAAGCAGACAAGAACAAGAGCUUUGAAAAGACUGUUGCAGCUCCUUCUCCCUUUUUGGAAGAUGCCCUAGUCCCCGGAGGGGAGAGAAGUCCUUCGACUAAAUCUGCGGACCUGACUGCUGAGGAUAGCCUUUUUGAUUCUGGUGACAUCUUUGCAAAGGUUUCUGGAUCAAAGACGAUGGCAAAGAGAGCAAAGGACAAGGAGAAGGCCUCAGAGGACCUGACCAGCCAGCCCCCAGGCAAAGAAGAAAAGCAGUCUUUGCUUCCAGUGCUGGACGAGCCAGAGAUUGAGGAGGAUCUCUUUCAAUCUGUGAAGCAGAAACCAUCCAAGAAAAAAAGUACUCUUCCUCUUCUAAAGGAAGAAGAUGAUCUCUUCACAAACCAGAAAGCCAAGAAAAAGACAUCAGAACCUCUCUGGCAGCAAGAUGUUGUCUCAAAAAAACAAGACAUUUUUGAGGAUGACAUAUUUGCUACAGAAGCAAUUAAACCAGCACAGAAAACAAAAGAAAAGGAAAAAGCCUUGGAAUCCAACCUUUUUGAUGAUAACAUUGACAUCUUUGCUGACCUAACUGUAAAACCCAAAGAGAAGAAGUCAAAAAAGAAGGUGGAGCCAAAGUCCAUAUUUGAUGAUGAGAUGGAUGAUAUUUUCUCAUCUAGCGGCAGCCUAACCAAGAUGCCCAAGCCAAAAAGCCAGUCCACUCAGUCAGCACCUGAAACACAAUUGGAAACCAAGGUGUCCAGUACGUUUGAUGAUCCUCUGAAUGCUUUGGGAGGCCAGUAGAGGACACAUACAUGCAUAAGACCGGGGCAGAAGUGGGGGUUUCAUCGUUGUUGAAUCUCUUAUUGGUUUAUUAUCAUACCCUUAUAUUCUAACAACUGUAGCAAGAGAAGCAGAUCCUGGAAAAGGCUCUUUUCUUGUUCAAUGUAAACAGUAUUAUUUUUUGCACUGAUUUUAAUCAUGCUUAAUUAAUAUUAAAGGAAGAAACAGAUGUUCUAAAAUA